AUGACGUCUACUAUAGCGACAUUGGUCGCAAGGGCGGCCGAAUCGACAGGGACGAUCACGAUGCCCAUGUCAAGUAUCUUCACUGCCCCCGCCUCAUGCUCGAACUCAUGGACAUAUGAACCUGAGGCUGCAAACCUGGUCGCAAAUGGCCUCCUAAUACAAAACGCUGUCGACAAUGACAAUGCCGAUCCUGCGUGUUUCCCUUCCGGGUACAGCCAGUAUGGAAGAGUUCGGGCAACUGUCGCCUAUAGCCCAGGUUAUUGUCCACAUGGAUACACCUCGGCCGAUUUGUUGAUUCACAAACCAGCGACCACUGCCGUAUGCUGUCCCUCUGGCUUUGCCUACUAUGAAGAAAAAAGGGACCUGCAAACAACAUUCGCUGGAUGUCUAAGCGAAUUCCCUAGUGCAUCAUCUACCAUUGUCACCGUCCGCCAAGCCGAAGAGGAAAGCACACAGGUCUCCGGCCCUGUGACCAUGUGGGCGCAAGCAAUCCAAGUCCAGAUGCAAGCAUCAGACAAAAGUUUAUUUGUCUCUGCCACUACGACCACGACCGAGAGCAAGACCGACAGCAAGACCCGAACAACAUCAUCCGACGAAGCAUCAGAAACAGCAGCCUCAUCAAUCUCUUCAUCAACCUCUUCAUCAACACAAACAGGCCUCACAGUCCCAACAGUCCCAUCAGUCCCAGACAUCCCAGAACCCGCAACCCCAAGCCCCGCAGCCCCAGGCACAGGAACAGAGGCAAGCGGCCUGUCAACGGGAGCAAAAAUUGGCGUUGGAGUCGGUGUCGGCGCCGCAGGCCUAAUCGUACUCGUCGCACUAUUAUUCUGGUUCUUCCGCCGCCGCCAACAAAAAGGACAAAAGCCUCUACCCGACACGACAUCUUCAUACGGAAGCCACCCUGAAAUCAGCGAGCUUGGCGGAAGCACCCAAACCGACCCAAACAUGGUAUAUCAACGUCCCGGACACGGAGUACCCAGUGAGUUUGGUGGGAGUUCGCAGGCUGGAGCGUCUAGUAUUAUGGCGAAUACGAGGACGACUGGUCCUUCCGAACUCCACGCGACAAACCCCGGCCCGAAAUUUGUACAUGAACUUGGUGCUUAG